AUGUCUGCGUCGGCUAUUUACAUAUUGGACGUCAAGGGCAAGGUGUUGAUAUCCCGUAACUACCGGGGUGACAUCGCGCCCAACGUCAUUGAAAAGUUCAUGCCACUGCUGAUGGAAAAAGAAGAGGAGGGAUCAUUGACGCCUCUGUUGCAGACUGAGGAGUGUACGUUCACAUACAUAAAAUGCAACAACUUGUAUGUAGUGUCCACGACCAAGAAGAAUGCCAACAUCAUGCUGGUGUUUGUGUUCCUACACAAGAUUGUGCGAGUUAUGAACGAAUAUUUCAAGGAAAUCGAAGAGGAGAGUAUACGCGACAACUUUGUAGUCAUAUACGAACUUUUGGAUGAACUGCUCGACUUUGGGUAUCCGCAGACUACCGAUAGCAAAAUCCUACAAGAGUACAUCACACAAGAUGGCCACAAAUUAGAAAUACAACCAAGGAUCCCUAUGGCAGUGACUAAUGCCGUGUCUUGGCGCUCUGAAGGGCUCAAGUAUAGAAAAAAUGAAGUAUUCUUAGAUGUUAUCGAAUCAGUUAAUUUGUUAGCUAGUGCCAAUGGAAAUGUACUUAGGAGCGAAAUAGUGGGUUCAAUCAAAAUGAGAGUCUACCUGUCUGGAAUGCCAGAGUUACGCUUAGGUCUGAAUGACAAGGUAUUGUUUGAAAGCACUGGACGUGGCAAAUCCAAAUCUGUAGAACUUGAAGAUGUCAAAUUUCAUCAAUGUGUUCGUCUAUCACGAUUCGAAAACGACAGAACUAUAUCGUUUAUUCCUCCUGAUGGAGAAUUUGAUUUGAUGACAUACAGGUUAAGUACACACAUCAAGCCUUUGAUUUGGAUUGAAAGUGUUAUCGAAAGACAUGCCCAUAGUCGUGUUGAAUACAUAGUUAAAGCAAAAUCACAGUUCAAGCGUCGGUCCACUGCCAAUAAUGUAGAAGUAGUCAUCCAAGUUCCAAUGGAUGCUGAUUCUCCUAAAUUCAAAACUACUGUCGGUUCAGUCAAGUAUAUGCCUGAGCAAAAUUCUUUAGUGUGGUCAAUAAAGUCAUUCCCAGGUGGCAAAGAAUAUUUGAUGAGAGCACAUUUUGGUUUGCCAAGUGUUGAAAACGAGGAAACUGAAGGUCGGCCUCCUAUACAGGUGAGGUUUGAAAUACCAUAUUUCACAACAUCGGGCAUUCAAGUCAGGUACUUGAAAAUUAUUGAGAAGAGUGGUUAUCAAGCAUUACCUUGGGUACGUUACAUCACCCAAAAUGGAGACUACCAGUUAAGAACCAACUAA